GCCUCUCUCAGGUUUCUCUCUGAUGUUAUAUUCAAUGCCAAAAAACAUGGCGUCCGUUAAACAAGUUAUAUCAGAGAAACGAAAAUUUGUUGACGUCGGGAGUGAUUCGGAUAAUGAAACAGAAAUUCUAGAUACACAUUAUGGCUUUAACGAAACGCAAGAAAGCACUGUUUACACGAAGUUUGAGGUUAGGUGACGUUUGAGAAUGUAAAAUAUAUGAGAACAAAAUCAGAGGCACCACGAUUGUGUCCAUAUUUGGACAAGAUUAAUCGACAAUUUUUAGAUUUUGACUUUGAAAAAUUGUGCUCCGUGUCGCUGUCUAGGAUAAAUGUAUAUGCUUGUCUGGUUUGUGGCAAAUAUUUCCAAGGCAGAGGAACUAAUACUCAUGCUUAUACACACAGUGUAGCAGAGAGUCAUCAUGUCUUUCUUAAUUUACAUACAUUAAAAUUUUAUUGUUUACCAGAUAAUUAUGAAAUAGUUGAUUCAUCACUGGACGACAUUAAAUAUGUAUUAAAUCCAACUUUUGACAAAAUACAAAUAGUUCAACUAGAUAAGAGCGACAAGCAAUCCAGAGCAAUUGAUGGCUCUAUGUAUUCACCAGGAAUUGUGGGAAUGAAUAACAUAAAAGCAAAUGACUACUGCAAUGUCAUUUUACAAGCGCUUUCACAUGUUACACCUUUGAGAGAUUUCUUUUUAAGAGAAUCUAAUUAUUCUCAUGUGAGGAGACCACCUGGUGAUUCAUCCUAUCUUUUGGUACAAAGAUUUGGUGAACUCAUGCGUAAAUUGUGGAAUCCACGUAACUUUAAAGCCCAUGUAAGUCCUCAUGAGAUGUUGCAAGCAGUAGUUUUAUGGAGUAAAAAAAGAUUUCAGUUUACAGAGCAAGGCGAUCCGGUGGAUUUUUUAUCAUGGUUUUUAAAUGCUCUACAUUUGGCGUUAAAUGGUACAAAGAAGCGGGAUUCUAGCAUAAUUUAUAAAACUUUUUUGGGACAUAUGCGAAUAUAUACGCGAAAAAUACCGCCAUUGGAACUAGAAGAGAGCCAAAGAAGUGAACUGCUGCACACGGUCGAAUAUGGCGAAACUGUAACGGAAAGCCCUUUUUUAUAUCUUACUUGCGAUCUUCCUCCGCCUCCAUUAUUCAAAGAUCAGUUCACGGAAAACAUUAUCCCACAGGUAAACUUGUACACUCUCUUGAAUAAAUUUAAUGCCAUUACUGAGAAGGAGUAUAAGACGUAUAAGGAAAAUUUCAUGAAAAGAUUUGAAAUUACUGAACUGCCACCGUAUCUUAUACUUUAUAUAAAAAGAUUUACCAAAAAUACAUUUUUUGUCGAGAAAAAUCCAACAAUCGUCAAUUUCCCCGUUAAAAAUGUGGAUUUUGGAGAUAUUUUAACACCGGAAGUGAAAGCUAAGCAUCCAUAUACGACGUACGAUCUAGUAGCCAAUAUAGUACAUGAUGGUGAACCUGGUCAAGGAACAUACAGAGUUCAUAUUUUACACAGAGCCACUGGUCAGUGGUAUGAAUUGCAAGAUUUACAUGUUACUCAAAUUUUGCCCCAAAUGAUUACUCUCACUGAAGCAUAUAUACAGAUUUAUGAAUUAAGAAAAGACACGCAUAUGGAAAACGGAGACAAUAAGAAUAAAAAAACUAUGUGAUAUGUCCCAACUAAAAAUUUUGAAAGAUAAAAAUAAAAAUUUACAUUUUAUA